AUGGAUUGGAUUGAUUCCCUUUCAAUAUUGUUCCUAUUUACUCUUGUGAUUAUGUUCACAUUGAAAAUGGGCUGUUUCUGGAAUAAGAGCCCCCAGAAUCUUCCACCAGGACCCAGGCCUUUACCACUUAUUGGAAAUCUCCUCAUAAUGGAUCUGAAGAGGCCCCACAGAACAAUGUUAAAGUUAUCAGAACAGUAUGGCUCCGUCUUCAGCAUCCAAAUGGGAUUUCGGAAGAUGGUGGUGUUGAUAGGGUAUGAAACGGUGAAGGAGGCGCUGGUGAACCAAGCUGAUGCGUUUGCAGACAGGCCCUUCAUCCCAAUGUUUGAAGAGUUCUCAAAGGGCUUUGGUAUGAUUCAUUCUCAUGGUGAAAACCGGAAAGUGAUGCGACGGUUUACACUGACCACCUUACGGGACUAUGGAAUGGGCAAGAGUACCAUAGAGGAAAAAAUUGUUCAGGAGUGUAAUAUUCUGACAAAAAAAAUUGAAUGUUAUGAAGGAAAACCUUUUGAGAACACCAUCAUUAUGAAUGCAGCCGUUGCCAAUAUUAUAGUGUCCAUACUACUUGGAAUGCGAUAUGAAUAUGAUGAUCCCAAAUAUAUAAGACUACUAUUGUUAAUCAAUGAAAAUAUCCGUCUUAUAGGAAGCUCUUCAGUCAUGCUGUAUAACAUGUUUCCAGCGCUUGGCUUCCUUUUUCGUGGCCGCAAGACUGUGCUUAAAAAUAGAGAAGAACUAUUUGCCUUUAUGAAUGUCAUCUUCAUAAAACACCUCAGAGAUCUGAAUGAAAAUGACCAGCGGAGCUUUAUUGAUUCAUUUCUUAUCCGACAGCAAGAGGAAAAGAAGAACAAGACUAAUGGAUAUUUCCAUAAGGAAAACCUAAUAGCUCUUUUGGGUAACUUGUUUUCUGCUGGCAUGGAGACCACCUCAACCACACUGCGCUGGGGCCUGUUGCUAAUGAUGAAGUUCCCUGACGUUCAGAAUAAAGUUCAGGAAGAAAUUGGCAAAGUAGUAGGUACUGCUCAGCCAAGGAUUGAACACAGAACAAAAAUGCCAUACACAGAUGCAGUAAUCCAUGAAAUUCAACGAUUUGCUGAUAUUGUCCCAACAAAUUUGCCACAUGCAACCUCUAUGGAUGUUACUUUUAAAGGCUACUUCAUUCCAAAGGGAACUCAUAUCAUUCCAAUGUUGACCUCUGUGCUCCAUGAUGAAUCCCAAUGGGAGAAGCCACAUAAAUUCUAUCCGGAGCAUUUUCUUGACUCUGAAGGAAAGUUUGUAAAGAGAGAUGCAUUCAUGCCUUUCUCUGCAGGUCGGAGAAUAUGUGCAGGUGAAACCCUUGCCAAAAUGGAGCUCUUCCUGUUCUUUACAAGCCUGCUGCAGCGAUUCACCUUCCAGCCGCCCCCUGGAACAGAUAAAGAAGACCUGGACCUCACCCCUGCAAUUGGGUUUACAGCACCCCCCAUGAUCCACAACAUCUGUGCUGUGCCACGUUCAUAA